UUUCAAUAGAGAGUUAUCAAAUAUGAAUCAUGAUUACAUCAGUGUUUAUUACACACAUAUUUACACGUAACACAUAAUUAGUUUCAUGGUCAUCGUUAAUUACUCUGACGAUAAUGUAAACUAAAACCGGGUGGAUUUAACCGGACCCAUUUGCCAUCACUCUCCAUAAAUCCUAACCGUCCAUCUAAUCAAGCGUAGAUCUAACGGUGGAUAUCAAAUCAAAGGUUAAUUCCCUCCCUAUAUAUAUUAGAAAAUUGAUCCUGAAGCGUGUACCGUACACACAUCCCCAUACGAACACUCACAAUCGUUAAAAAGAAAGAAGAGAAGAGAGAGAAAGCUUAAAUCGGAAAAAAUGGUUUCGUGGAUGAUGACAACCAAGGCGGUGCUAAUCUCAAGCGGCGUCGCCACCGUGGCUCUGUUACUGAAACUCUCUGUUCCGGUAGCUGUUGAUUUCUCCGUGUCACGAGCUCCGAUCUUGUGGAGCUCCUUGUUGUCAUGGCUGAAACCACCGUAUCUUUACGUUGUUACCAACGGAAUUAUCAUCACUAUCGUUGCUUCUUCUAAGUAUUACCGAAGUCACCAUGACCGUGAUGAAGAAGAUGAGAUCGUCGUGUACGGUGGUGGAGGUUAUAAGAUCCAGACGGAGGAGCCGAUUGUGAAUCAACAUCAAGCUUCUCCGAGGAUUCUGGAGGUUAAGGAUUUGGAUACUGGUGCGCAUUUUGGUUUCGUUGUGGCGAAUCUGGAGGCUGAGGAACUGGAAUCAGAGGCGGUUACGGCGGUUGUGUUUGACGAUGAGGAGGAGGAGAAGAAGAUUAUAGAUAGCGCGGCGACGGCGGAGGAUGAAAUUGAAGAGGAGCUUAAGAGUGUGAUUAUGGUUGAGAAUUCAGAUCUGGUUGAAUCCGAUGUCAUACCGCCGCCGAUGAUGAUCGAAUCGGAGAAUCUUCCUCCGAUUGAGAAGCCUCUCGUUACUUCAAGGUUCGGUCACCGGAAAUUGAUGAAAGCAAGUCAAGAAGGUGGAAGAGCUUUGAGAGUGACGAAGCCGAAGAAGAACGAGACGUUGGAGAAUACGUGGAAGAUGAUAACGGAAGGGAAAUCAACGCCGUUGACUAGACAGUUAUACCGGAGAUCUGACACGUUUGGACGUGGAGAUUCCGGGGGAGUUGACGGUGAGGUGAAACCGGUUUAUAAGAAGUCGGAUACGUUUAGGGACAGGACUAAUUAUUAUCAGUUGGCGGAGACGGCGAAGGUGAGGAAAGAGCCGUCGCUGAGUCAGGAAGAGUUGAAUCGGCGAGUUGAGGCGUUUAUAAAGAAGUUUAAUGAGGAGAUGAAGUUGCAGAGAAUGGAGUCUCUCAGACAGUACAAAGAGAUAACUAGCCGUGGGGUUUAGUUUACUGUUUUUAUUUUCUGGUUAAAAUUUUUUCAUUGGCUUUUUUAUACACAGAAAAAAAUAGAAAAAGAAGAUUAGUCAGAGUGGAUUUAACUUAAAAGAAAAAAAAGUUAACAGUAGAAAAAAAAUCUGUUUAUUAAUUUGUGAAGCUUGAAGGUUUUUUUUUGUCAACGCUUUGAAGUUACAUAGUUUUUUUUUUUGUUUGUGUGUGUAUAAUUUUGAGAAAUAUAUAGUUUGGUUUGUAAAUAUUUAUUUGUUGGUUUUACAAUAAAAAAAUAGAUAAAGUAAAUG